UGGAGACACACCCGCAGACCGGCCAGGACAGCUCCAGGCGACCAGUUGUUGAGAUGCAGAGGAGAGACAGAUGUGGUGUUUGAACCCUCCAUCAGAGCUGCAGAGCUGCAGAGGCCUCGGCCAAACCCUGGACUCUUGCUCCCCAGCGAUCCGCGUCGCCAUGCCAACUCUGACAAUCCUCACAGCAACCAGGAGUCCUCUGAGGAGCUGCUGAAUUUACGAGCAGGUUUACAUCCCUGGCCUGCAGAGAGCGGAUCACCUUCAGCUCCGACUAGAGAGAGAGAGAGACCGGGGGGCAGAAAUGGGUUUCCACUUGGGUCUUCUGCUGGCCUUCCCGCUGCUGCUGAAGCCGUCGUCCGUGGACGGAUGCGUUUGUCCAGCGGCCACCGUUCUGUCCCGGUUUCCGUCCGAGGUCCCUGCUGAUAUCUGCUGCUUGAACUUCUCCGGCUCCGCCUUCAGCCACGUGCACUGGUCUGUGUUCACCAACGAGACAAACGUAGAGACGCUGGAUCUGUCCAACUGUAAUGUCAGCGUUAUUCACGCCGACGGCAGAGAAAGCUCCUCGCUGCAGAGGGUUUACCUGGACCGGAACAGGCUGACGGCGUUGCCGGGCCACUUCCUCGCCGGCCAGCCCAACCUGACCGAGUUGAAUCUGAGCGGGAAUCUCCUCCGGGAGCUUCCCGAGGGUUUCCUCCAGGACUCUGACAAUCUCCAGGUGUUGUCUCUGCACGCCAACCAGCUCCGCUCGCUCCCCGGUAAUAUCCUGCAGGUGUCCAGUCUGCAGAGGCUGGAGCUGGACGGGAACCCGUGGGACUGCUCCUGUUCGCUGCUGCAGGGCCUGGAGGCCGGCAGCACGGCCAACAGGACGGUCCACCUGAAGGACCUGGUGAGGAACCUGACCUGCUCGUCUCCCCGACACCUGGCGGGGAGGACGGUGUGGUCCGUGAGGCUCGGCGACGUCUGCCGCCCGGCCGGUCUCACCGUGCUCUUCAUCGUGCUGCCCCUCCUCAUCCUCUGCGCCUUGCUGCUCUGCUGGUGCUGCGGGAGGAAGAGGAAGAAGAAAGAAGCCCCCGUGUUCAGCAGCUCCAAGAAGAGGGUCCCCGGUUCCACCGGCAACGGCCAGAGACACCACGGCCGGCAGCAGCCUUCGGCCGCCGGGCAGGGAAAAGCCGGGGCCGGCGUCAGGGAGGGGAUCCUGAAGAACCAGCUGCUGCUCCGUCCGGCGUCGGCGCUCCUGGGCAGCACGCGGGAUCUCUACGAAGAGGUGGAGGUCAAGCUGGGCUCCGCCGAGUCUCUUCCCCGAGUUUCCUCCUGCUGUUCCAGCUCCGUGGAGGGGAAGCCGGGCUCCCAGGGGCCCGACAAGCUCAGCAAGACGGAGCUGGACACGGUCAGCGUGACCGAGGUGCUGAAGGACUCGGCCGACCGGGAGAAAGCCUACAUGACUCAGUCCACUGAGUACUACAGCCUGGUCCCAGGCAUCGAGCUGGAGGACUCGGACCACGGCGAGUAUGAGAACGUGGAGCUGUCGUGAUCCACGGAGGUAAAUGAGAAGGUCAUACGUGUAAGGACAGCGUGGUGGACUGUGAGACAAACGCGAACAGAACAGCAGAAUACUGCUGCUAAACACUGGACACUACUUGCACUAUCUAUCUAACACUUACAAUCACUUUUAAAAAGAAGAAAUUAUGCAAUCUAUCUUGUACAAGACUUAAAAAAAAGAAAGUGUGGGUCCUAAUGAAACACCUAAAGAAGAACGGAGGUGACGACAUGCUUUACCUCCACUCUUUUAAAGGUUUCAUCGAUGCUGCAUCUCUGUCCAGUUUAACAAGCCAUAAGUUUGAUAGCACUGAUACCAACUUGCGUUUCUUUUAACGCUCGUGCAAAGUUAAGAUUAUAUGAAUUGUAUCAUCACUGGAAUGGAAAACGUCUCAAACAUACUGUCAGUUAUCUUGAGGUGAUUUCUCUAAGUCUUAAAGCUGAUGUCCAAGUCAUCCCUGUUUCUCUAUAUUUGAAAAGUUUGCAGAAACUGGAUCCAAAUCAAAAGCCAGUCGCCAAAGUGGGCCGCAAACCACCUUUUGAUAAAGUUGUCACACUAACAAAACAACGUUAAAACCAUCAACAGCACAAAGCCUUCAAGACAAAUAAUGUGGGCUGUGACGUUGAUGCCUCUCCGAGCUUGGUUACAAUAAUGCAAGUAACUGCAAACUACUUUGCAGGUAAAAGGUUUGACCUUUUAAGGCCUUCAAGAUAACUUUAUUGAAGCUUUACAGCUAAUUUACUGCCACAUUUGUGCAAUAUAAGUACUGAAUUAUGUGAGUAGAAAUACUGCAGGACUGCAAACUUCACCAGAGGAGGAUAUUCCCAACCUGAGAGGUCCCAUCUGACCUGUCUGAAGCAUGCUGAUUGUAUUCCAGGGUGUUUUUCCUUUUCCUGGCGACCACAUUUGCAUUUUUGUCUAUUUUGGUACAACUCAAACAAAUAAUGAGCAGUUGUCUCACACUCAGCUGACAGCUCAGACCUGACCAAAUCAAGCCAUGUAAGUCCCGCCGUAUGACAACUGUAAAUUGCUUUUAGGUUGUGUGUCAGCUCUCAGGUGGAAAAUAUUCAUGUUGAUCCUGUCCGUUAGUGUCGUUUUGGAUCAGGGAACAUAGCAACUCUGCUAGAUUCUUAGGUGUUCAGAUCUUUACGACAGCUUUCUUUUCAGGUUCACAUAUCUUACGUAGUGUCCAGUUCCAUGUGCUGUUAAUCUGGGUUUAAGUCUUGAAAAGAGCCAGGUUAGCUGUUCCUCCUCCAUCCUGUCCUCCUGUUGGUCUAAACCAGGGGUCGGCAACCCGCGGCUCUAGAGCCGCAUGCGGCUCUUUAGCGCCGCCCUAGUGGCUCCUGGAGCUUUUUCAAAAAUGUUUGACCUUUUUUUCCUUUCUCUUUUUUACUCUUUUUUUUCUUUUUUCCUUUUUUCUCUUUUUUUCUUCCUUUUUCCUUUUUUAAUCUCGAUAUUACCAAUUUUUUUUUCUCCACAUUUCGACUUUUUUCUCGAAAUUUUGACUUUUUUCUCAACAUCUCAACUUUUUUCACGAAAUUUUGACUUUUUUCUCGACAUUUCGGCUUUUUUCUCGAGAAUUUCUACAUUUUUCUCGACAUUUUGACUUUUUUCUCGAAGUGCAUAAUGAAAAAAAAAAUCUUCCCCCAGUUCUAACUAAUAUAGAUACAUGCAGCAUGUGUUGCCUUCAUUCUAAGGCUUGUACAAGACUUUUCAUUUUUUGCAGCUCCAGACAUAUUUGUUUUUUGUGUUUUUGGUCCAAUAUGGCUCUUUCAACGUUUUGGGUUGCCGACCCCUGGUCUAAACAAACCUCUUCUUGGCUCUACACCCAAGAUAAGGGUAAUUCUGAGGCUUUAAUCUGUCUAUUUAUGGGCCAAAAUGGGAAUAAAUGUGAUUUCCUAAAAUGCCAAAUAAUUGUUUAAAUGCACUAAACACGGACAGCAUGUGAGUGCGCAGUGACAGAACAAGUAAAGAGUGCAGUCCACACUCUGAAGCAUCACAAUGAGAGAGGAAGUGAUUCAAUCCGGACCUUUUCCUGUGGGACCAAAGGAACGCAGUGUCGGUUUGAAAGUCAAGAAUAAAAAAAAAAAACACUUUUUAUUUUUUAAAGACACAAAUUCAUUCAGUCCAUUCAACAUUGAACUUCACACAAAUGUUGACAUCAAGCUGUUUUCAAGGCCACAAAGUAGAAACCAGAACAGGUCAAUCAGACUUUUACUUGUGUAACUAUCUUUACCUCAUCCAGAUGAAACUGUCAUAUACAGUUUGAAUUGCUGCUCGUAUUGUUUUUACAUGCAGGGCUCCUGAGGAUGUGGAGCCAGGAACGGGGGCGCCGACAGGUGAAAAAUGUCUCGUAAACCUUAAAAUCUACUUUUAAUCGCCACUUAUUGUCAUGGAAGAACGGAUACUUGUUCUUGCUUUGUGUCGCACGCUAACAUCUGCAUGUAGGUUUGAGGAAGCCGGCGGUCAGGUGGUGGAAGCGUGUGAAUGCUGGUUUAAGGUAGAAGUCUGCAGGGCUGCUUUAGUAAGCUGAAGAGCAGGCUUCCCCCACAAACAAACACUCACACUCACAAAGAAAGGCUGCACAUAGUGCAGGACACAGACACUCGAUUGUUAUCUAAGAUGUCAGAAACAGACCAACAUCAGGCUCACACACUUUGGGCCCUUAAAAAGAGUCACGGGUUUCCACGAGAGCGGCGGCGGGUGCGGCCAGGGUGUGGAUUUUCCUGGAAUUGAAAUAUCUGAGGUGUAUUUUCCAGAUGGUUUUGCAAAGCCCUUUUUUUCUGCUAUCCAAGAUAAAUUAUAAAUAUUACAUUGUGCGCUUCGGUAAUGACUCUUUGUAGAAAAAUAAAAUAUUUAAAGUGAGAAGAGCUGUGGAAAAAAGUAACGUUGCUCAUGUCUUGUUUUUCUUCUUCUAUUUUUGUUUUUGUUUUGUUUCUGGCCUUAAACUCUCCAUAAUUUACAAGAAAACCCAACUAUAUAACUGUUAACAACCUUGUUUUUACAGCAGCCUCAUUUCUGACAGAUCUAAAAACACUGUAAGGGCCUUAUACCUUUGACAUCAGUUGAAUACUUUGUUAGACAAUUUCUUGCCACAUAGUCUUUAAAUUAACCAGCAAAUGUUAAAGUUCUUCAUGUUCUAGUUGGUAGAUUGAUUUUUCUUUCCCAUAUGUUGAUUAAAAAACAGGUUUAUUUGAGAAGAGUUGCUAUAAGAGUAGUGGGAGACUGCAAUAUAAUCCAAAGAGAAAGAGGUAACGGUAAAAGCUUAAAGGCUGAAGCUGAAAAGGUUGAACUGUUUCUUUAAAAUAUAUGUUUAGAAAUAUGUAAAAAUGUCUCAUCUCCUUUAGCUCAUUUUAGUUUUCCAUCAUCUCAAACCUUUCCAGGAAGCCUCUAGUCUUUGAAUCAGGAUUUUUUGAAAUGUUAUUUGUUUUGUUGAUGGUGUGCUCCUCAGUCUCAGACGUGGAGAUGGAGACAGACACUGUAAUAUAUCAGGGCGUAGUGUUUAACACGCCAUAGCAGGAGUGCAAACCUUUUAAUGACCCCAGAUGAGUUUUGUGUUUACUAAUGGACAGUGAGACUUAAAAAAGAGACUAAUCUCUAACAAACUGAAUGAAUCUCACCAUCACUGCAGUGAAACACUCACAGGAGUUCGGCUGUUUGCAUUUGAAUGAAUCAGGUUCAUCAUAUAUUCAUUAUUUUUUUGAUUACAGUAAUGACUAAUUGGAUUAUAUGCUAAUAUAAAAUAAAAGCUGGUAGCUUUUUUUUAUAAAGACACCAACGCUUCCUAGUUCUAGUUCUGCAGUACAGCUUCAGAAGGUUGUUAAUGUCCUGUUUUAACUUGCUAAACCAACUAGAUGACAGUGACCUAUUGAUAAGUGCAUAGGUUUACUAUUGACAUUCAUGAGGACAUAAUGAGCCCCCAAUCCCCGUCUUGCAGGACAGUUUACUUCUUGAAAUAUCAUAUGAAGAUAUACCACAUCUUAAACUGGGUAAUUUUAACAAUAUUUAUGUUUUAACAUGGACAAACGUGUUAUUCCAUUACUUUUUCUGGGUACAAUAAAGUGUUUAUGUUAAAGUUUAGGCGGCUCAGUGAUUAGCACUGUUGCCUCGCAGCAAGAAGGUUCCUGGUUCAACUCCCGGGCCCAGGGGGCGUCUUCCUGUGUGAAGUUUGCAUGUUCUCCUCCAGCCUGCAUGAGUUCCCUCUGGGUACCUCGGUUUCCUCCUGCAGCUCAAAAACAUGCAUUAAUUGAUGAUCCUAAGGUGCCCAUAGGUGUGAGUGUGAGCGUGCAUGGUUGCCUGCCUCUAUAUGUGAUAGACUGAUGAGCAGGGAUAGGCUCCAGCAGACCCUCGUGACCCUUACAGGAUAAACCGGGCAUUGAAAAUGGAUGGAUGAUACAUUUUAUGUAAUGGUGAAGGCAGGUAAUGACUGACAAGACAUUUUUGAAUUGCAGUUGUACACUUCAAUAGAUGGACAUAAAACAGCUGGCAUUUACACACAUGAAAACAAUCUAAAAUGCAAACAAUAACGGAGAAGAUGAUGGCUGGAUGCAUGCACGGAUGGAUGGAUGGAUGGAUGGAGCAGUCUCAUAUGCAGACUGUGCAGCUGCAAAGAACCCAGUAGCCACUAGGGGGCCCCCAAGAUACAAGGUCGGGCUCGUGGGAACGUGUUUGGUGAGAAAUACAAUUAGUUGACUUCCAAAUCAGAUGCUAAAAACGUGUGUAGAUGAAGACAUGUUUGUCCCUACAUGCUUUUGUCCCAGUGGCAGUGUUAGAAGAGCGUGCUGGUUUCAAGGUUUGUACCCAUCCAUCUGUACAUUUCACACAUGACUCCAGAGGUUUGUAACUCCCAAACUGCUCUGCUGUAUACACACAAACAAAAAAAACAUGUUGGUUGUCUCAGUGCAGGUAGCAUUACUUUUGCUUUAGGUGAUAACUUCACAGCAAACUGAUUUGCUGCUCUCCUUCAUUUUGAGCUUCUUAUGAUUCAUUUCCUCAGGGCUUGUUUACUACCCAUUUAUGUAGAGCACCAACGUGGCCCCCAUGCCUCACAACGCUGCAGCCAUUCAUUCCCAACCAACCUCUAUAGAGGAUCUGCCUGCAGAUGAGGGAGAAAGUGAGGCUCCACCUUGACUGGAAGCACAUGGCUCCACUCUGCAGUGGUUGGAGCAACAUUUUAGAGCAAGAUGCUCUGCAGAGUGGAGCUCACAUGUUUCCAGUCCCGAGUGGAGCUCCACCUCCCCACAUCCUGCCUGUCACCUGUUGAGAGCUGGCAUAGGCUGCAGCAAACUCCCCUGACCCUGAAGACAGUUGGUUUCAUUUAUAUUUACUAAAGUAUUUACAAAAAUGUUUGUUGUUAAUAUUUAAACCAAAUGUAGAGUGAGUAUAAUCUUAAAUCAGAGGUGGGUAGUAACGAGUUACAUUUACUCCGUUACAUUUACUUGAGUAAGUUUUGGGAAAUUUUGUACUUUUAGGAGUAGUUUUGAAUAUCUAUACUUUUACUUGAGUAGAUUUGUGAAGAAGAAACUGUUACUCUUACUCCGCUACAUUAGGCUACGUUGAGCUGUUACUUUUCUUUUAUCCCAUGUUUUGUCACAUUUACACAGACUCAAACACACACAGAGUUUCUAUAAGUCCAUGGACUUGUUCUAGUUCUGCCUGGUUAAAAAAGAAAAGUACAAAGGCUUGAAAUGUUGUGCUACUUAUGCUUAAUUCAUUUUUUAUUCUGUUAUUAUUUUAUUUAUUUUAUUAUUUAUUAAAGUACUUGAAUUUACUUUAAUAAUAUUUUAAUUUAAGCUAUUUUUAUUAAUUUUAUUUUAUUAUUUUAUUGAUUUAAUUUGCCUCAAGAUGAUUAUUUUGUACUUUUGUCU